GAAAAAUGAUGGAGGCCGAAGUGCUCAAGGUUAAUGUGCUACCAAUAACUGCGAGUGAUGAUAUCAUUGAUAUUGACUGGGACUCUACGAUUUUGGAGAAAAAACGUCGAAAUCCUGUCAAACGGUAUCGCACCAGUGUGCAAGACGAAAUGAACGAGUCUAUCGACUGGCUUAGGACGAAAUUGUUUGCAGAUGACGAUGAUUCGAUUGUACCUGUCAAACGUAGAAAUGUUAGUUUAAAGGAACACAUUGAGGUAGAUACUGGUCAAUAUCCCUUUUAUGGCUUGCCUAACGAAGUCAAAGAACUUAUGAAAAAACACAAUGGUAUCGAAAAACUUUACGAGUGGCAGGAAGAGUGUCUCGAUCUUAAGGCUGUACACGAGAGGCGAAAUCUGAUAUACGCUCUGCCCACCAGUGGAGGAAAAACCUUGGUUGCCGAAAUUCUAAUGCUCAAAGAAGUUCUUUGUCGUAAAAAAAACGCCAUGUUUGUACUACCAUUUGUUGCUCUGGUUCAGGAAAAAAUACAAUCAUUAACACCUUUUGCCUUGGGACUAAAUUUUCUAAUAGAGGAAUAUGCAGCAGAAAAAGGCCACUAUCCACCUAGAAAACGACGAAGCAAAACAACUAUUUACGUUUGCACGAUUGAAAAGGCACAAUCCCUUAUAAAUUGUUUAAUUGAAUUAGACCGUCUUAAUGAGUUGGGGAUUGUAGUAAUAGAUGAAUUACACUUAUUGGGUGAAUCUGGAGGAAGAGGUGCUACUCUAGAAUGCUUAUUAACCAAAGUAAUGCACAGUGAUAGUAGCAUUCCAAUAAUUGGAAUGAGUGCGACGAUAGGUAAUUUAAAAGAAGUAGCUGCUUUUUUAAACGCAGAAGUAUAUGUGCGAAAUUUCAGACCAGUUAGCUUCAAAGAAUAUGUUAAAUGUGAAAACGAAAUAUGGCUUAUCGAUUAUAAUGAAGAAGAAAUGUUUACAGACAAAAAGAUAAUUAAUUAUAAAUACAGCAGUAAGGCUCUUCAAAUAGAUCCGGACUGUUUAGGUGGCUUUGUGAUGGACGUGGUCCCAAAAGAUUCGUGUCUCAUAUUUUGUCCAAGUAAAAGAAAUUGUGAAAAUGUGUCGCUUCUUUUGACGCAAGUUCUUUUUACGUCUCUACAAUCUCACAGAGUAGACGAAAAAAAUAUUCUACUUAAAACUCUGGAAACCGAAGGUGGAAGACUUUGCCCGGUUCUUAAAAGAACAAUUAAAUUUGGAGUAGCUUACCACCAUUCAGGACUAACGGCUGAAGAGAGAAAGUUAAUAGAAGAAGCUUUCAAGUCUGGUAUAUUAUGUGUAUUAUGCUGUACGUCUACUUUGGCUGCAGGAGUCAAUCUUCCAGCAAGAAGGGUAAUUUUGCGAUCUCCAUAUGUUGGUGCAGAUUUUUUAAACUUAAGUCGAUACAAACAAAUGAUCGGUAGAGCUGGAAGAGCUGGUUUUGGGGAAAUUGGAGAAAGUAUAUUGAUUUGUAAUAAAUCUGAUACUGAUAAAGUACGAAAACUUUUGAGUUCCAAGAUGAAUGAUACUACAAGCUCUCUUCACACGGAAGUCGAUCGAGGAAUCAAUAAUUUGAUAAUAAGCUCGGUUCUCUUGUCAACGGUCACCACAAGACUUAGUAUACAUGAACUCAUAUCGAAAACACUUUUACAAAUUCAAGAAGAUAAACUUGGAAUUAAUGUUAAACAAAUUGUAGACAAAGCACUAACACAACUUUUGAACAGUGGUAUUCUUAGGGUUAAACAAACUAAUACAGCAAACUCUCCCUCAGAUCUUAAUACGUCUGUAAUUUUUCCGUCACAAAUUGUCAGUAGCAGUGACGAGAAUGACACAAGUCUGGUGAUGACAAAAAAUUCACCAGCAAAUGAAAAGAAGAAAAACAAAAUAUAUACUACUUUAGUCAAUAGUACAGAAAUUGAACUUUGUCCCCUUGGAAGAGCUGCCAUGAAAGGAUCGAUCGACCUGUACACGGCACAUGUCUUAUAUCAAGAUUUGCAAGAAGCUCAAAAAAACUUAGUUCUAGUAGACUAUCUUCAUCUUUUGUACCUUCUAACUCCUUAUAAUAUUGCAAAUCAGGUGAAACCAGUUGGAACUGUAUAUUAUGAUGUCAUAACAAAACUAAAUCCUUAUCAAAUGCAAGUGGCAAGACUUUUAGGAAUCACUGAAGCCAUUGUUGACAAAUUGAGAGCAGGGUUUUUAUCCAAACAAGUAAAUGAAAAAGUUGUGCAAAGAUUCUACGUAACACUGAUGUUGUACGAUUUAUGGAAUCAAGAAUCUGUGUUUAGUGUCGCUGAUAAGUUCCAAGUUAAUAGAGGGACUAUUCAAAAUUUAUUGAGUUCAGCUGCAUCGUUUUCUUAUUCAAUUGUUAGAUUUUGUCAAGAAUUAGAUGAGUUUUGGGCUUUUACUGAUUUAUUUACAAGUUUUGGGCAUAAGUUGCAGUACUGCUGUGCUUCAGAGUUAGAACCGUUAAUGGAGCUACCAUACGUUAAACAGGGUCGAGCAAAACAACUUUACAAAGCUGGAUACAAAACAUUGCAGUCAAUAGCAAAAUCAAAACCCGAUGAAUUGUUGAAUAAAAUGGAGCAUUUACCACGAAAAGUGGCAUCACAAAUUAUUUCUGCAGCCAAGCUAUUACUAUUAGAAAAAGUAGAAAAUUUAAAAGAUGAAGUUGCAGCAGUCCUAGAUGGCGUGGAUUUGUAA